AUGGCUUUAGGUCGCAUGCUUACUUAUAUGAGUUUACACACUUUUCCACGUCGUCGUGUGACGACUCAAAUGUUAUUGAACACUCAAAGCGUGCCAUAUGAUCGCGAAGGAAAAGUGUUGCGUGUAGAAAUGAAGCUUAAUAUGGAUAAACAUUACAUAUUUAUAAUCAUAUUACUAGAUGGUUGUGCUAGAAAAGUGAAAAGACAAUUCAUAUCUGCAUAUCAUUAUCUUCACUACCAACAAGCUGUUUCAUUGAUGAGUCUCCACGAGUUGACUUUCUAG